AUGUUGGUUGCAAGUGCUGCAGAGAGAAACAAGCAACCAAUCUUAGAGGUUUUGCAACACUAUAUACCACCUGCAGGUGGAACCAGACAGAUACUUGAGAUUGCUUCAGGUACAGGUCAGCACAUUGCCCACUUUGCCCCUCAUUUUCCUCAUGUGACAUGGCAGCCAAGUGAUAUAGACCCUGUCUAUAUUAAAAGUAUUUCAGCAUUCAUAACAGGAAAACACCUUAAAAAUGUACUACAGCCAAUGGUGAUAGACAUCACAAAACCAAUUCAGAAAUGGGCCAAUCAGAACAUGAAACCAGAGUCCUAUGAUUUGAUCCUGAAUUCAAAUAUGGUUCAUAUAUCACCCUGGGAAACUUCACUGGGCUUGUUCAAAACUGCAGGUUAUCUACUAAAGCCCCAUGGAGUUCUGUUUAUGUAUGGACCAUUUAGAAUUGAUGGUGUCCUAACACCUGAAAGUAAUGUUCACUUUGAUGCCAGUUUGCGUUCACAGAAUCCAACAUGGGGUGUCAGGGAUAUUUGUGAUCUGAAACAGCUUGCCAAGCAGAAUGACUUAGUGUAUGAGAAAAUGGUAGAUAUGCCAGCCAACAACAAAUGUGUCAUCUUUAGGAAGAUCUGA